GGAAUGAGAAAUCUUCGUGGAGUUAAAAAUGUCUUUGAAUCUUUAUUUCUGUUGCUGUUUCUGUUUGGACAGGGGGCCAUUUAUACAGUUUUUGCUGAAGGGUUCACUAACCGUACAGAUAAACAGAUACUGGACAAUCUGCUAGAUCACGUAAACUACGAUUACAGAGUACGACCCAGCGAUCUGACGUGCAUAAAUGUGAGUGUUGUUCUACUAUCUCUCUCUUCUCCGGAUGAAUCCAGUCUUGAAUACGAGGUGGAAUUCUUAAUGCAUCAAGUGUGGUAUGACCCGAGACUCAACUACGACAAUAUGGGACGUUACCAAUAUUUAAACGCAUUGAAACACCUUCAAAAUAUCUGGAUGCCUGACACCUAUUUUAUAAAACAUGGAAAGUUAAAAGAACCACUUAUACCUGCUGAUAUUGCUCUCCAAGUAUAUCCAGAUGGAAGAGUGUAUUACACCCAGAGGCGAGAAAUAACUAUGAACUGUCAAGGUAACCUCGGCAUAUUCCCAUUCGACAAUCCAAAAUGUUCUUUUGCUUUCGAGAGUGUCUCUCAUGAAGAUUCGGAGGUGAAACUAGAAUGGAAUACCUUGACACCUGAUCUCAGGGAUGCUUCGUCAUUGAGAACUCAUAAUGCUUACCUUGUCAAAAAUGAAACUGGAAUCUGCGACCAAAGACACACGUGGCGAGGUAAUUACAGUUGCUUGACAGUUCUUCUAGUCUUUACCAGAGACAAGUCCUAUUACUACACUGUUGUCUUCGUCCCUGGAACACUUCUAGUCACCAGCUCAUUCUUGAGCUUCUGGCUGGACAUCAAUGCUGUGCCAGCCCGGGUGAUGAUUGGUGUAACCACUAUGUUAAACUUCUGUACCACAACCAAUAGUUUUCGAUCUACGCUGCCGGUUGUCUCCGACCUCAACGCCAUGAAUCUGUGGGACGGGGUCUGCAUGUUUUUCAUCUAUAUUUCUGUUUUGGAGUUUAUUGCCGUUAAUUUUCUUUACCGAUUUAAGAAUGAAGAAGAAAUUCCAUCCAGUCCGAUCUCAAGCACUAAUCAGAGGAGUUGUGAAACGUUCUCACUUCCGGUCUACAGUGAGCCAUUCAAUGUGAUCACGACAGACUUACCUUACAUGACAGCUUUCUCACUUCCGGUCUACAGUGAGCCAUUCAAUGUGAUCACGAAAGACUUACCUUACAUGACAGCGUUCUCACUUCCGGUCUACAGUGAGCCAUUCAAUGUGAUCACGACAGACUUACCUUACAUGACAGCGUACUCACUUCCGAUCCGCAGUGAGAUAGAUGUGAAGUGUGAUCACAAUAGACUAAUCUACAUGACAGAGUGUUCACUUCCGGUCCUCAGUGAGCCUCUCAGUGUGAUCACGAUAGGCUUACUUCGGGUCCUCAGUGAGCCGUUCAAUAAGAUCACCAGAAGCUUACAUCCGGUCUUCAGUGAGCCGUUCAAUAAGAUCACCAGAAGCUUACAUCCGGUCCUCAGUGAGCCGUUCAAUAAGAUCACCAGAAGCUUACAUCCGGUCCGCAGUGAGCCGUUCAUUGUGAUCACGAUAGGCUGA